CCGGUCGAAAAUUUGUUUCCAUUAAAUAGGGAGUUGAACAGAAACUGGUGGGAACACUCCGAACCAGUGACUCUCACUGAACCGCCCCAAUCCAAAACCCACACCCACACACAGAGAUCGAUCGACCACCAAGAGCCUCAAAAUGGCCGUCGAAAUCCCAACGGAUGCGAUAAAGCAGCUGCAGAUCUUGCUUCGAAAACAAGCCAAGAUGUCGUCGUACGACCCGGACGACACGCCGUUGGCAAAUCUCCCUUCUCCGGAAGAAACCAUAUCGGAGCUGGAUCCGUCGCCGCCGUACCUCCGGUGCAAGCAUUGCAAGGGCCGACUUCUCAGAGGCGUAGCGUCGCUGAGUUGCGUCUUCUGUGGCGCAGAAACCUGCAAGGACCUGCCUCCUGAUCCUAUCAAUUUCCGCAACACUUUAGGGUUCCGGUGGUUGCUCAAGUCCUUGGCUCUGGAUGGAUCGGAGAUAGUGGACCUACCGACUAAAGCGAAUGAAUCCAGUAGAGGCCAGAAUGCAGCGAAGGAUGAGUUAACCGUGUCUGAGCUUUUAAAUGUAGAAAUAAGAUGGACUUCUAAGUCAGAGAAAUCCGGGGCUGGGCUUUCGGAUGAGAAGGCUCCCACUCGGCCUAAAAGUUUUUUGGAUUUGGCUGGAGUGAAUCUGGACAACUUCUUUUCUGAAGGAGAGAAAGAUGCUGCUUUGAAUGCAUCUGAAGAGCCGUUUGAGCCGAGCUCUCAGACUGCAACUACAGAGAGUAGUGCUUUCAAACGUAGUGAAAAUCUUAGUUUGUUUGCAUCAGAAGGGCCGUUUGAGCCGAACAAACCAAUUGCCACUACAGAGAGUAGCGCUUUCAAAGGUAGUGAAAAUCUUAGUAUAUUUGCGUUUGAGCCAAGCAAACAGAUUGCCACUACAGAGAGUGGUGCGUUCCAAGGUAGUGAAAAUCGUAGUUUCUUUGCAUCUGAGAAGCCGUUUGAGUCGGGCAAACAGAUUACCACCACAGAGAGUACUGCUUUUCAAGGUCAUGAAAAUCUUAGCUUGUUUGAGAAUGUGCAGCCUUCUGCGACAGCUGUGCAGUCUACUCAAGGCGAGAGCGGUGAUUCCAUUUCCAGUUGGCCGGCAAGUUUUCAGUCCGCUGCUUCUGAAAAUGUUCCUCAAGAAUCAAAAUCACUUGACCCCUUUGUGGGUUCUACAGUUGAUCUUUCUGCCCAUAUAGACACGGUGUUUGGAUCUGUUGGGGACUCGACUAAUGUAAAAUCAAACCAUAGUACAUCCACGAGUAAUGACUGGUUUUCAGAUGAUUUAUUGAGUAUUUCCAACUCUGGGUUAGCUGGGCAGCCUCAACAGUUAGAAUCACUUUCUACGGUGAAGGAUGACAGAAUAGCUGAAAAUGCAAAUAACUUAUUAUCUACUGGUGUUGAUUGGGUUGAAGACACUCAAUGGCAGACCACUAGCAAGGAGGCUCCUGAUAAUACGACUGCUGAUGAGGAUGAUGAUUCGUUUGGUGCUUGGAAUGACUUUACUAGCUCGAGUAGUGCACAGAAUCCAUCUAGCUCUUCAAAACAAACUGUCGAUCAGACAACAGCUCCUGACAAGAAUUCAGUAACAAAUCUGUUCAGCACAGCUAGCAAUUCACAGGAUGAUGAUUCGUUUGGUGCUUGGAAUGAUUUUACUAGCUUGAGUAGUGCACAGAAUGGUUCUAGCUCUUCAAAACAAACUGUCGAUCAGAUGACACCUGCUGAUGAGACUUCAGUAACAAAUCUGUUCAGCACAGCUAGCAACUCACAGGACUUGGAUUUUGGUAACUUUUCGCAGCCAGAUCUCUCUGCUGGAGCAAUUACCAGUUCACAUGGUUCUACAGUAGUGAAUAUAUCCCAGCCAGAGGCUUCUGUUUUAGACAGGAUGGCUGAUGCGGGCCCAAAAGAUGAAGAUGUUGCGAAGGAUGGAGGAGAUAUUUUUAGUGCAAAAACAGUAUCAAAGUCUGAAGAUGUGGAGAAAAUAAUGUCACAGAUGCAUGAUCUCUCUUUUAUGCUUGAGGGCAAUCUUUCAUUACCUCCCAAGCGAGAUGUACAUUCACUUUCCCAAGAUCACACAUAAUUUGUUUGAGUUUUUGUAAUUUAAAUCCAUUUGUUCCAAUUUUUGUAUUUGUUUAUAUUCGUAUGAUUGAGAAUGAUGCCAACGGGUAUGAUUUGAUUUCAAACUCCAUUAAAUUUGUUGCUGCUUGCAUAUAUAUCAUUACAUUAAGCACCC